AUGAAAAAGAAGAAAAAAAAUAAACCCAACAAGAGAGAUCUUCCAGAGAAUUGUGCUUUUUACUGUGAUGUUUGUGAUCGAGGUUUCAAGACAGAAGAGAAAUUGAAAGAGCACACUGAUGGACAUGAGAAAUGUAAAGAGGAAGGCUGCUCAUAUAUUGCUGCACCAAAACUGGUGCAACUUCAUGUUCGAAAUCACCACUACACUGGUCUGGCCAAGAAGAUCUGGAGUGUUGAGAGCCAAGAAGAUAUUGCAAAAUGGAUUAUUGAAAGAAAAAAAAAUUUUCCUACAGCUGCAAAUAUUGAAAAGAAAAAAGCUUUAGAAGCAGAGAAAAAAGCUCGAGGAGAAGUGCUUAAUGAAAAACAAUUUUACCACAGACCUAAUGACCAAAGACAGAAACAUAAAGGUCAUUAUGGGCCAUGGGGGAAGAAACGAAAAUUUAAUGACUGUCUUGCUGAAGACUUAUCACCUGAGAAGAAAGCAGAGAAAGCAAAAGAUGAAGUUAAUAAUAAGCAAAUUUGUGAUAAAAGAGAGACAUGUGCGUCAACAGAAUCUUCUGAUCCACUGUCAGCCAUUUUGAAUACUGAUUUAGUAACUUUCUCCAAUAAUGCUGAUUCUAAUGAAGAGAAUAAAUCAACAUCAAAGUCUCUUUCUUUGCCUUCCAGUCUCAAAGCUCUUCAAACAAUUUACAAAUCUGAUGAAGAUGAUGUAAAUGAUGUAAAUGCUAAUGAAAAUUUGGUGCCAUCAACUGAAUAUCAGUGUAACAUGACCAUUUUGAAAGAGUGGAAGAAUUCCAGCAACCACCACCAAAGAUCUGAAAAUCAUGUGAGACUUGAGGCUCAAGAACUUGCCAAAAGACCCUGGCACAGUAAAGUCUUCAAAAGGGAUCGACCAACUUUAUUGGAAAAGCUCCUUGCCAAAGAAAUUCGUCAUGAGCGGAAUAUGAUUUUACAGUGUAUUCAUUAUAUUGUAAAGAAUAACUUCUUUGACAAACCAAAUUCUGUGUGCCCCAAUCAAUGA